GUGUGUGAUCACUAAUCCUUACCAGGACCAUGGACAGAAACCACAGUGCCAGUCAUCCCAGCAUCGCCUGGAGCUCGCUGUCGAUCAGCGUCCAUUGUCCCCCCCCCCCGAGAAGCGGUUCGGUGCGGCUUCCCCUUUAAGAGAUCAUCCCCUUUAAGCGGUCGGUGCCGAGGCGGACCGACACCGGGGCAUCGUGCGGCCGAUCAUCAUGGCCCCCAACCUGCGUCUGUCGCAUCCUGGACAGGGGGAGCUCAGGCGAGGCGGCGGCUCUUCCUUCCCUUAUGCGGACCCGGCCGGCGAGAUGCUCCGGCGUCGCAGAUAAAGAUCGCCGGGGAAAGCCUCGUAAACGCCAGUCCGGCCGCUCUCCUCCAUGCCUGCAUCAGGACCCUCGCUCGGCAGCUUGACCAAGGCGAGCGGCAGAAGCAUGCACAAGGACUACUCGAUUAACCUGUCCAUACAGCAGGUGCUGAGCCUGUGGGUGCAGGGCACGGUGCCGACGCUCCAGCAUUUCACCGAGAUGUGGUACUGGGUCUUCCUCUGGUGCCUCUUCUCCUCUCUGCUGCUCCACGGCGCCGUGGGCCUGCUGAUGUUGGUGGCUCUGCAGAGACACCGGAGGGGCCGCCUCAUCACCCUGCUGCUGGUCAGCGUGGGAUUCCUGGCCUCCCUCAGCGGAGCCGUCAUCACCAGUGCUGCAGUGGCAGGGGUGUAUCGGGUGGCAGGGAAGGACAUGACCCCCUUGGAGGCGCUGGUGUUCGGCGUGGGACAGACAGCCCUCACAGUCAUCAUCUCCCUCUCGCGAAUCCUCGCCACACUCUGAGGACUGACAGACGGGCGCGGAGAAGGCGGGGGGCCGCGAAAAGCCAUGGAAACGCCGAUCCAAUCACGGGAAAGGAGCACUUGCGCGGAUGGACUGCAGCCUCGCUCACUGGCUGCGAUGGGAUUCGCCAAGGUUUGCUGGAAUGAUGGCUCCGGAUUGCUGUCUUGUUUUAGAGGUGCCCUCUGCUGGGCGAAGGGGUAAUCUGCAGCACCCCAAGGGCAAGCUUUAGCUCAAAGCUAAAGCUGAUGUACAGGAACAAGAGCUCCUUGAUCCUGACACUCCUUAGAGCAUGAGCAGUGACUGACCGCAGAGCAAUGCCCAGGUAGGCACUGACAAAGGUGGAAAUAUAUCUGACUCCAGCGUGCCUAAGGGGACCCAGUUUCCCAGGGUGCUCUGCUACCAAAGGAAAGCUCAUACCGACACUGGAGGGGUCACAGUUGCAUUAUGGGAAAAUCGCGUUUCAACUCCUUAAAAAGCUACUUAAAAAUGCUGAUUCUUUACUUCAGCUUCAUUAUUUAAUGGUGAAUCUGGGAAGAAUGUUCUAGAUCUUUAUCAACAGAGGUACUUAACAUGAGGCAUUGCCAUGGGCACAGAAAGACAUUUUUACAUAGAUUAUAUCCAGUGUGGGGGAAGACUUCCUGAGUUGUGUUGUACGCCACAGCUGUUCGAGUUGGUCUUUCCUAAUGUGCUUUGCAGAAGAGAGAUCAAAGACAGCUGAGAGAUUAGGGGGUGUGGAAUUUUCCACACCUGGUCCUGCCAUCGCUCUCCUGUGUCUGAGAAGUGCGAUGGUCUGCGUUGGAGUUGUUAUCGUGCUGUAUUAAGAUGGCUGUCCAGAUCUGGUGGAUGUUCAGGUAUCAGUACGAAAUGCAACACAUCUCCAGGACUCUCCUCUUUCCCUCUGUUUGAUAUGCACAUGAGUCCAACCUCAGCAGUCUGCACGCCAGUCUGUGUAAAUUAUGGUGAUUUUAUUUGUAUUUUUUUUUUUUUGUAAUUGUCAUAAUUCUUUAAAUGUGACUACAAAUUGCACUGACCUGCCUUUAAUGGCCUGCCUACCUUGCGUUUUACAUGGAGUCCGCACAGAAAGUUUGUGUGAGUGCUGCCCCCUAAUGGCCAUUCUUGUGCUGACAGUAUUCCAAAACAAAAAGACUAUCCUGUGUUUUAAGAACCAUGGUAAUUACUCAGCACGCUUGCUACAGCAGAGGGUUCUGAAACCAAAGUUUUCAUCCCGUGUUUUGUGAGAAACAUGAUGUACGUACUUUAUUUGUGUAAUUGUUUACUGUUUAGAAACAGUAUUUCCAUUGCAUAGUACACAAGUGGUUCCUAAAUCAUGUGAGUUUGGGGUCAUGAUCCUUCCCCAGAACAGAAUGGGCCAGGUUGCAAACCAUUGCAGAUGGGGGGGGUGGAAAUGCAUUGUUUUAUUAACACUAGGUCAGGUUUACUACCCAUUAGUACCAGAACUGUCCACAUGGGGGCAUUAAAGUUCACUAAAUGUGAGAGUGGCGUUUGUGAGUGUUCAUCCUCUCCGCUGAUUUUUGACUGAGGGUAGAGACCUAACACAAGACUACGAGUAACACUCAGUAUCAGCACUUCCUGUGGACCCUCAGUAUUGAUGUACUCGGAAAGGCACAGUGUGAAUCAC